UUCUAAGCCAGUUUCAAAAACCAGUUUUAAUUUUCGGUUUUUGGUUUUCGCGAGAAAAAGAGAGAGGGGGAGAAUACCGAACAACGGUUUCUCCUCCAGCUAGAAAUUUAAAACGCGCGCCGUGACGUCGCCGCUGUGAAUUCGACGAGACUCUAUCAAUAGAAGUUUUUCAUUUGAUUUACCGUUAGGCGGCGAGUCUAACUUGUUGUCUUUGUCUUUGGCUGCUGGUUCUAUCUACUGCCAUUGUUGUUGUAUUUGCAGUUGUUGUUGCUUUUCUCGAGUGGGCAGCUCCAGCGGAGCGUGCACAUCUGUGUUUAGAAAGCAGCCACCAGAAUCCACCGGUCUCUCCAACUUGCGCCUCUUGUUGAAAAAUCAAGAAAUAAAUCAAGAGAAAAAAAAUAAAAAAAAAAAAAAAAAAAACAAGACAAAAACCAGAAAUAGCAGAAGGCUUAAUUAAAUUUAAAGCACACACUUAACUUGACUCUCGGCUCCCCCCCAGAUAUUGACCGACUUCUGGGAGCGCAUUAAACGAAACCGUUAAUUGAUUUGUUUAUUUGUUGCGGAAAAUUGUAUAAAUACCUCAGUCGAAAAUGUAAAUAAGUAAAAAGUUUGAGUGACUUUUUGUUUGCAUAUAAUUAUGUGUCACAAUAGAAAUGUAAUUCUUGAUAAUUUGAAAAUAAGAAAUUUACAUACUUGGCAAACAUUUCAUCUUGUGAAAACAAUACAAUUUUUAAAAUAAACAAGUUGGCUUUAAGGAGAGCCUAUAAAAAUUUAAAAUAAAUUUAAAAAUGUGUUAAGGUAAACCAUAAAAUUCCGAGUCUUUUCAUUUAAAAACCUUUGCUUCCAUUAGAAUAAUUUUAAUUGAAAUAAUUGCUUUACAUUAUGUGGUAUUUUAAAUUAAACCCAUUAAAAAACCAAACCAAAUACCGAUUAAAGAAUUUCCUUUGAAAGCCAGCGCAUUAAAAUUUUACAUUGAAUAAAAAAAACACAAAAAAAAAAGGCCAAAACAAAGCGGAAAUUACAAAGAUUUUCGAAUGCAAUCAUAAUUAUUACUCGUGGCAUUCCAGCUGAGUUUUCAUUCGUUUUGGUGGUUCUUUGGGAAAACCACACGAAAACAUUCCGGUGGCAAACAGGUUGCCAUAAACCCGAACAGCAGCAGCAGCAAAGGAAAAUCAAACACGUGCACGGGAACGGAAAAGGUUAACGAGAAAAGCAACAACAACAACAACAAGGAGGAGGGAAAACCAACAGUGAAAAUAAAAACAACAAACAUCAGCAGUAACAGCAUUACACUUUGUUUUUUUUCAUCAAACACAGAAGAAUAAACCAAAUUUUAAAACCGCGCGCUAACUGAAAAAUACGAAACAAAAAACGCAUAUAAAACGGGGAGAAAAAAAAAAAUAAAAAACGGAUAUAAAGGAAUUUCAAGCGUUUGGCAUUUUGUCAACCAGUAAAGGGCCAAGCGAUAAACAAAAAACGAAAAAAAAAUAAUAAAGGUAGAGGCGCGCACAAGUGGCUGCAACAAAGGGGCACCCGAAUCCGCGACGUCUGACCCCCGAAAAGGAAAAACCGACCUUUGGCCGGAAAACGCUUGUUCCAGCACGCGAGGGAGGAAGGGAGACGGAGAAGCCAGCCAGGCUAGUGACGAAAAACAACAGCAACAGCAACAAAACAAACAGCUCUAUGCCGGCACCAAGAUGAGACCCGGCCGAACGACAAUAGCAACGCCCCUGCUCCUGCUACUCCCACUAAUCCUGGGAGUGCUGAACGGUGCUCAGGCCCAAUGUCCCUGGCAGAGGGAUGUGCCUGACCUGCAGACGAGCUGCAUCUGCGCCUAUAAUCUGGGCAGGGAACUGUCUGUGCAAUGUGAUCAGGUGGACUUUCUGCAACUCCUGGAGGCCAUGAAUACCCAUGCUCGCCUGAAACCCGUGGAUUUGCUGUACGUAAACAACUCCUCGAUUUCAGAGCUACCGGAGGCCAUCUUCAGCAAUUUGAGCCUGCACAAUGUUCAGCUCUCGAGCUGUGGCAUUCAGCGGAUUGCAGCGGGUGCCUUUAAGGGCCAGGAGUCGGUGCUGCGGAAUCUCAAUUUGCAGGAUAAUCUGCUCACUGAAGUGCCCGUGGAGGCACUCCGAGUGCUGGGUAAGCUUAACCUGCUGGAUUUGUCCAAGAAUCAGCUUAGCCGCAUUCCCGACGAUGCCUUUGUGGGGCUGACAAAGCUCUCCACCCUGAAGUUGAACGACAACAAUGUGACUCUAGCAGGGAGUGCAUUUAGGGGUCUCGAACAGAGUCUGAAAAACCUGAAUCUCAAGGGGACCAAACAGCGAAGGGUUCCGGAAUCCAUUAGGGGUCUAAAGAGCCUGGCUUUUCUCGAUCUCUCCCAGAACGGCAUCAAAGAGCUGCCGGGAGCGGGCGGCAUAAGAGUGUUCGAUGGUCUGGAUGCCCUGACAGCCUUGAAUCUGGAGAGGAAUCUCAUUCAGAGUAUUGGUGAGACGGCCUUUGCUGGGGUUAGAAAGACCCUCAGUUCGCUGAGUUUGCUCAACAAUCUGCUGGCCGAAUUUCCCAUUGGCGCUGUACACUCGCUGAAAGAGCUGCGCGUUUUGGACAUUGGAUUCAAUCUGCUGACCACAUUGCCGGAGGCUGCCUUUCGGGGCAAUCCAGGCAUCACGCUGCUGGCCUUGGAUGGCAAUCCCCUGAGCAGUGUGCCCGAAGGAGCCUUCGCCCAUCUGAAUGCUACGCUUCGGGGUCUUUCCCUGGGAGGCAGAUUCCUACACUGCGACUGCAAGCUACGAUGGGUGGCGGAGUGGAUACGGAAUGGAGAUUUGCAGGUAACAUCGCGCGAACGGAACCCACAGUUCUGCGGCACUCCACCCCGUUUCCGGGACCGUGGCUUCUACUCCAUUCAGCCCGAGGAGCUGAGUUGUCCGGACAUUGCCGAUACUGCCCUGCGAGGACCCGUCGGCCUGGCCGAUAACCUAAAGCCAACACUGCCCACCUCACCCGAUUCCGUGGAGUAUGAGACGGGAACGGGCACUGGCACGGGUUUGGGCACUGGCACAGCAGCCUCAGCUCCGGUGGCCAGCAGUGUGAGCAGCUCAACAUCGACAACGACACCCACAACGACCACCACGACAACAACCACGCCAGAGCCAACCACGAAGAGGAGCACGACCCGUCCCCCCACUAAAACAACAACUGUCUCCGGCACCACGGCCUCUCCUGCAUCCAAUCUCGCUGUGAAUGGAACGGGCACAGUUCAGGCCACCUCCAUAACCACCAGCAGCAGCAGCAGCUCAUCAUCCUCCUCGUCAACGGGUCAUGGCAAUAGCAAACAGGCCCCAGGCUGGCGGCAAGGUGUAACCAAUGGCAACGGUAAUAGUGGCGGAACAGGAGGCCUUCAUAAGCCGCAGAGGCCACCACUCGUCCUGGGCUACCCACCGCAGAGGGGCACUCGCAUCGAUGACGCCAACGAGGUGCAAGUGAAGCAUGCUUUCCGACAGGACAGCUCUGUGAUCAUUCAAUGGGACUCGGACACGGCAAAUAUCCUAGGAUUCCGUGUGGUUUAUCGCCUGUUUGGUGAGAAGGCCUUCAAGCAGGGACCACCGUUGGAGGCCAGCGAAAGGGAGUUUAAGAUCAAGAAUGUCCCAGCCCAAGAGUGUAUCAUCGUGUGCGUCAUUUCACUGGAGGAGCUGCAUGUUACCCCAGAGACAGUGCCCUACCAGCAGUGCCGGGAAGUGAGGACAGUGGCCUCGCAGGCCUCCAACAUGGACAAGAUAACGAUUGCGGCCAGUGCGGCCAUUUGUGGGACCAUCAUUGUGGCCGUGAUUGUCUUCAUUGCUGCCAGCAGACGCUCCCGCAAACUGCAAAACAGCCAGCAGAAGAGCCCGCUGCCAAUUGGAGGUCUGCCCGUUAAUUGCUGCGGUCCAACCGGUUCACCAGGACCACUUGGCUCCAUUGCAACGCUAUCGGCAUUUAACAAUCACAAGGAAUGGGAUCAAGUGUCUGCCUACAGUGGUCGCUCCAUACCAAGGCCUCGCAUCUAUCCCGUGGAACAGCCGGACGAUAUGCGUAGCCACUUCUCUGGAAUGCCCGGCAAGGUGGGCAAGUCAAGUAGAUCCUUGGCGGACGGACAGUCGCAGCACAGUUUCUCAAACAAUUCGCAUCGCGGCUAUUUGGGCAGCGCCUUUCCCUCGAAUCUGGUGAAUUCCCGCCCAGAAUUGCGGCAAUCCCGUCAAUCCUUGGCCGCCGCCUCGGAGCGUAUGUCAAGGGCCUCAUAUGCCGGCUCCAUACACGGCGGCGGCGGUGGAAACGGAGGUCUCAAUAGUGGCGGAGGAGGCGGUGGCCUGCCCGUGAGCAGCCUAAUGGCCAUGAGUGGAAUGGUGGGCGGUGGUGGCCCCGCAAGCAUUGCCUCCAGUGCCCGAAGAUCGCGUCCGCGCUCCAGAUCACGCGAACAGCUGAACGCCAGCCACAUACAUAACCAUCGACCGGGAAGUCGAUACUCGCAGGCGGGAUCGACGCACACGCUAAACAACUAUUGCGAUACAUCGGACAACUGGACGGAUCACGAUAUGGACAUCUAUAUGGCCCGCAAUCCGACAACGCGGAACGGUCUAGUGCCAUUAUGA